UAGUUAUCAGCCUGCCAUUCCUACCACCAUAACAUUUAAGUAUUUAACGCGUCAUCCGAGGUGCUGGUUCAGCGUCACUUUAUAAUAAACUACGCUUAUAGUGAACGGGUAUCCACGCGACCACAGGGCAUACGCAGUAUGUACCUACUACAGUCUCAUAGCUACGGAUCAAUUGCGACUAUACGUGUUGCGGUUAUAAGUUGAAAUAGAUUUAUUCCGUUCAUAGACCUUUGUAGUAAAUACACUGGAUUGAAGAUUGUGACGAAAUUUCUAUUACAAACGAAAAAAAAAUUGAAUGUAUACUCAACGCAUACGUAAAACACCUAUACGUGCAACCGACGCAAGGUCCGAUGGUGUCUGACGAAACAUUAACGGUCCUGUGGAAUCGAUGUAGGUUGAUUGGCAUUAUAAACAAGAUAUGUCUUUAUUUUAUAACGGUUAUAUUAGUAAUGUACCUAUUACCGUUGGUAACUAUAAUUGGUUACCCUUAUUGCAAACAUGAUAAAUGGAAAAAAACGUAUGAAAUGUAUCAUUCAGUUGAAAAACAAACAUCGGUGGUCACGACAGAAUGGAUGAAUUUUAUUUUUAUUUGCCUAUUUAUAGCGUUUUUGAUAAAAAUGAUUUUUGUUAACAAUGGCUUAAGAUCUACAGAUAUACCCGCAGAUGGAAAUAAAGUGAAGUCGUGGCUACGAUGGCAUAUAGAUUUCUUUGUGAUUUCCAUUGCAACCUUCGUUGGAUUUUUGUUUAAAGGUCGUACCUGUUCUUCAGAUGAUAAUAUAUAUUAUUAUAUACCUUUAAAACUUGGGAUUACAAUUAUAGUUCUAAUGAUAGAAAUCAACGUUGUGAGAAAGUUCAACAAAGAGUUUAAUAUUUCUGCUAUUCGCCGUAAUCAAAAAUGCAUGCCUUUAAAUAUCUAAGAUAUGAGAGAAUUGGGCAACUACAAUCCACGUCAUAUCAAAUAAAAUGUUAAUCAGCUUUCUCGUAUUUUAGUUUUUAUGUUUUUAUGACUUCCUUAAACAAACACUUCAUGGUACUAUAAAUAAUAAUGUUAAUAUAGUUAAUAUAGUUAAUAUAGUUCAAACC